GAAAGUUUGGAAAUACUUACUUUAUUUAUAAUUUUAGGUAUAUGUUAUGGAUAUAUGACCAAAAGGUUGAUAUAUAUAGGGAGAGAGCUGAACGAAAAGCUUAGCUCUCUGUCACACACAGACACACUUCGAAAACCCACAAAGAUAACAAAAAAUGGGCAUAGAGCUUCAGAAUCACCAGAGCCACCAUGAAGAAGCCGGCCCCACGGAAGAGCCGAUAUCACGGUGGCUGAUAAAUACGCCGGAACCACCAAGCAUGUGGCAAGAGCUUGCUGGGUACAUAAGAACAAAUGUGUUGGCCAAGAAGAAACAUAGGAGGAACAACACGAAGAACUCAUCAUCAAACCCUGUUUACUCUUGUCUUAAAUCGGUUUUCCCUAUACUUAGUUGGGGAAGACAAUACAAACUCAACUUCUUCAAGAAAGAUUUGAUGGCAGGUCUCACUCUCGCUAGUCUUUGCAUUCCUCAGAGUAUAGGGUAUGCGAAUUUGGCUGGACUUGAUCCAGAGUACGGUCUAUAUACAAGUGUGGUACCACCUCUGAUAUAUUCGACGAUGGGAACUUCGAGAGAGUUAGCCAUUGGUCCUGUGGCUGUAGUUUCGCUUCUUCUUUCGUCAAUGGUUCGUGACAUUCAAGAUCCGGUCACAGACCCAAUUGCUUACCGAAAAAUUGUCUUCACUGUCACGUUUUUUGCUGGCGCGUUUCAAGCCAUCUUUGGACUCUUCAGGUUAGGGUUUUUGGUGGAUUUUUUGUCACAUGCUGCACUUGUUGGGUUCAUGGCUGGUGCUGCCAUUGUCAUUGGUUUACAACAACUCAAAGGUUUAUUUGGUUUGUCUCAUUUUACCAACAAAACCGAUGUGGUUUCGGUUGUAUCUUCGGUUUUCCACUCGCUUCACCAUCCGCCUCUGAACUUUGUCAUUGGUAGCGCAUUCCUCAUCUUCAUCCUCCUAGCUAGAUUUAUCGGGAAAAGAAACAAAAAAUUGUUUUGGAUUCCGGCGAUGGCACCGCUAAUAUCAGUUGUAUUAGCAACACUAAUCGUGUAUUUAACCAAUGCUGAGACACGAGGGGUUAAGAUUGUUAAACACAUUAAACCAGGGUUUAACCAACUUUCGGUUAACCAAUUACAAUUCAAAAGCCCACAUCUUGGUCAAAUCGCCAAAAUUGGUCUUAUUUCUGCAAUCAUCGCCCUAACGGAAGCAAUUGCGGUGGGAAGAUCAUUUGCGACGAUCAAAGGAUAUCGUCUGGAUGGGAACAAAGAGAUGAUGGCUAUGGGAUUUAUGAACAUCGCCGGCUCUUUAUCUUCUUGCUAUGUAGCUACCGGGUCCUUCUCAAGAACGGCGGUGAAUUUCAGUGCUGGCUGCGAGACGGUCGUUUCGAACAUUGUAAUGGCGAUUACAGUGAUGAUAUCACUAGAAGUUUUGACGAGGUUUCUCUACUUCACACCAACGGCGAUUCUUGCCUCCAUAAUUCUCUCGGCGCUUCCAGGUCUCAUUGAUGUCUCCAGUGCUUUACACAUUUGGAAACUCGAUAAACUCGAUUUUCUUGUCCUCAUCGCCGCCUUCUUUGGCGUUCUCUUUGCCUCCGUCGAGAUCGGUCUCCUUCUCGCCGUGGGGAUAUCGUUUGCAAGAAUAAUGUUGAGUUCGAUAAGACCAAACAUUGAGGCCUUAGGGAGGUUAUCAAAAACAGAUAUCUUCGGUGACAUAAAUCAGUAUCCAAUGGCUAAUAAGACUCCGGGAUUAUUGACUCUUCGAAUCAGUUCUCCUUUGCUAUGCUUUGCCAAUGCCAAUUUUAUUAGAGACAGAAUAUUGAAUUCAGUUCGAGAAGUAGAAGAAGAGGAAAAUGAACAAGAAGUUACAAAAGAAAAUGGUCUUCAAGUAGUAAUUCUCGACAUGUCUUACGUGAUGGGGGUAGAUACAUCAGGAGUAGUUGCACUUGAAGAACUACAUCAAGAGCUAGCUUCUAAUGACAUCCGGUUAGUCGUCGCUAGUCCCAGAUGGAGGGUACUUCACAAAUGGAAGCGAGCAAAAUUGGACGAGAAGUUGAAAUCAGAAAAUAUAUAUAUGACAGUAGGAGAAGCCGUAGAUGUUUAUGUAAGAGCAAGAUCUACGUCCCACGAUUUGUGUUGA